AUGCCAAUGAUGGGUCAUCUCCCAUCGCAACGCACCACACCAGCAUUUCCUUUCCAGACUUUAGGCGUGGAUUUCGGGGGCCCGUUCACCAUUUUGAAUAGAAAGGGUCGUGGGGCUAAAGCAUCCAAAUGUUAUUUGUGUCUGUUUAUUUGCUUCAGGUAUAAGUGCGUACACUUGGAAGCAGUGACGGAAUUGACUAAAGAGGCGUACAUAAUGACCUUACGUGGAAGCUAUUCUAAUAGCCGCCCUCUGUGUCCUAUCUCUUCUUCCCCUAACGACUAUCAAUCCCUUACCCCAGGGCACUUCCUGAUCGGUAGGCCGCUGACAUCGCUAGCGGAACCAACGUUGGAGAUGGACAACCCUUCUCGCCUGCAACGUUACGCACGCAUCGAGCUAGCCCGUCAGCAUUUUUGGAAACGGUGGCAAAACGAAUAUAUCUCCGAGUUGCAGCACCGCUCCAAGUGGCGCACUCACGGCGGAGAAAAACUUCAAGUGGGAGACCUGGUGCUUCUUCGAGAAGAAAACUGUCCCCCUCUUCACUGGCGAAUGGGACGAGUGAAACAGUUGUUUCCCGGCGUCGAUGGCGUAUCCAGAGUAGCCGACAUCACCACGCAGAAAGGAGACGUACGAAGGGCUCUCACGAAGCUGUGCCCUCUACUGUGUCAAGAAACACUGUAAUACUGGAAGUAUUCCAGGGGGGGAGUUUAUGUUCGCGCCUUCCUAAAAGUCUGCUGAUUCCUUGAAGCAUUGUCGUUGCUAUUCAAAAGGCCAAGGGGUUGGAAAUACAGCGGCGUCAUUCACUCGACCGUGAAAUGACCUCACUCUCAACUAACGCGCGCACGAGACGGUUGUAGCUUGCCAAUUUGUCAUAGUACCUAACCUUAAUUGCAAUAAACCAUUUCAACCUUC